CACUCUUAUCGUUUUCCCAUUCUUAUUUCUUUCACUACCCCACAAUUUGUACGGCUGCGGAAACAGAUUCCUUCCGCACGUCUCCUGAGGAAAAAGGAGUGAAGGAAAGGAAGGGAAAGGAUGGUUCCUGCCACGUGCGCUUCGGCUUCCGUCACCGAGAGCUCCGCCACGAGUGGCGGUGUGGAGCAGCGCGGUGCUGGUGAGAUCAUGCUGUUCGGUGUGAGAGUGGUGGUGGAUUCGAUGAGGAAGAGUGUUAGUUUGAACAAUUUGUCUCAGUACGAGCAACCUCAGGAAUCCGGCAAUAACAAUAACAAAUAUAAUAGUACCAAGGAAGACGCUGUUGCCGGUGGCUAUGCGUCCGCCGAUGAUGCUGUUCCUCACUCCACCGGAACUCGCGAGCGCAAGCGAGGAGUGCCAUGGACGGAGGAAGAGCACAAGCUGUUCUUGAUAGGUUUGAGCAAAGUAGGGAAAGGAGACUGGAGAGGAAUCUCUAGAAACUUCGUCAAGACUCGAACGCCAACUCAAGUGGCUAGCCACGCUCAGAAAUACUUCCUCCGGCGAAGCAAUCUUAACCGCCGACGGCGCAGAUCUAGCCUCUUUGAUAUCACCACGGAUACAGGAACGGCAAUUCCAAUGGAAGAAGAGGCUAAUCCCCAAGAAAACACAACUCAGUCACAUACGUUGCUACAUCCGGCACCAGAAACCAACAACAUUAGUGGAUUUUCCAUUAUUCCAGCUUUUCCUAUGACUGUGAAUCCUGUUGUUUUCCCGGUCUCUAUUGAGAAUCCAAUGGAAAACCUAUCUUUAUGCCAAGGCAAUCAAUUAAAUAACGGAGCAAAAAGGCCCAUCCGCCCAGUUCCUGUUUUCCCAACUCAGCAGGCCCCAACUGUUUCCGAGAUUAACUUGAAUUCCAAAGCAAAUAUGGAUCCAUCAUCAUUGUCACUCAAGCUCUCCUUGACAUCCGAUCAGAGGGAUUCUCCGUCAAGGCAUUCGGCGUUUCAGGUGAUGCCAAGUUUCAACAAUGGAGAUAGGAAUAGCAUCAUGGGUGUUGCUUGAGGAGGAUGCACAAGGUUGGAAUGAAAGGAGCAUAAUUAGAGAAAAUUGGGUUAGACAAGAUAAGGUGAUUAGGAGGCUCAAUUUGAACCGUUGUUUAAUGUACAGAACAGAAAAGAAAACGUCAUGUCUUGCUGCCUUUUGUUGCUUGCUUCUGCUAUUAUCUUAGAUUCUUGUUCAUUUGUCUGUUCUUACUAGCUAGUAGCUAAUAUAAUUGAAAAUAACAAGACCCUGUUUAUUUCUGGUAUUGGUGGGUCUGCUCUAUCUCUAUGAUUGUGAUUUCCAGUGGUUUUCAAAGCUUUAUGGAUGAAAAUAUCAAAGCUGGACUAGUGGUAGGGAAACAUUUGUCUUCCUCCUUUAUUAGAUGGACACUUCCUAUGAUGUUUAUGUAUGUUGUCUCGAAAAGAGUCUUCGUUAAAUUGUACUAUGUGUGGUUGUGGUGGUAAUGUCUAGUCCGUGUAGCAUUGGGCA